ACACAAUAUGGCGGACGUUUCCCGGUAGCGGCGCGACCCACUCAAAGUUUCUAUUAUAAAUACGUACAGACUCGAGGAGGAGGGUCCUCGGUUGAAGACAGCAGCACUGAUAAACACUGAGUGGUGUAAAUGGUGCGGCGUGAUGGGCAACACAAGUGACCGAGUGUCUGCGGACCGCCAUGGGGCCAAAGCUCAUCGUAUGGAGAGCGGCGGGGGUCACAAGGAUCUUGAACCCAGCAGCAAGAUGGUGGACAGUACGGACGACCCAAACAUCUUCAACACACGCGGGCCGGACUCUAAGCUGUUGGGCGAGAAAGAAUUCACCCCAGAUUUGGACGACCUGGUGAAAACGGUUCCUCAGGCUCGUCCCACGGUUAUCCGAUGGGCUGGAGGAGGGAAGGAGGUGUACAUCGCUGGCUCCUUUAAUAACUGGAGCAACAAGAUACCGCUCAAUAAAAGCCACAGUGACUUUGUAGCAAUCCUGGACCUGCCCGAAGGAGAGCACCAGUACAAGUUUUUCGUGGACGGGCAAUGGCUACACGAUCCCUCGGAGCCAGUGGUGACAAGCCAGCUAGGCACCAUCAACAAUCUGAUCCAAGUGAAGAAGUCUGACUUUGAGGUGUUUGAUGCCCUGCAGGUGGACUCUCUGGAGUGCUCUGACACAUCGGAUCUUUCCAGCUCCCCUCCAGGUCCAUACGGACAGAGUCAAUACGUGUUCCGACCCGAAGGGCAUUUCAAAGCUCCCCCCAUACUCCCUCCUCACCUUCUUCAAGUCAUACUCAACAAGGACACAAAUAUUUCAUGUGACCCCGCCCUGCUGCCCGAACCCAAUCACGUGAUGCUGAACCAUCUCUACGCGCUCUCUAUAAAGGACGGCGUUAUGGUGCUGAGUGCCACCCACCGAUACAAAAAGAAAUACGUCACCUCGCUGCUCUACAAGCCCAUCUAAUCAUCACGUCCGCGAUGCUAGCACUUGGGGAUAGCGGCGUGUGGCUGUUUUAGCGCCAAAAUCUUGUACUUGAAACACCUUUACGGUUUAAAGACACCGGCCGUUGCCUCAUGUCUACAUUUCGGGCUAUCAAACACAGAAUGUAGCAGCGUAGUUUGAAUCACUGUGUGUGUUUAUCUUGAAUUUGUUUGCUGCAUGUUGUGAAUAUGCAUGUCAGUGUUGAAGUCAGAUUUCAAGGAAAGCUUCAAUAGAGUUGCUAUUGCUCAAACAAAGUGCAAUAAGAAGUCUGAUGUUGUUUGACACCAGUUCAGUAUUUCAUAUUUAUUGUACCAUCGAAUGUUUUUGUGUUCAUUGAUUAAAUGCAUUUGUGUGCUGAGGUUACCUUCAUCGGCUUUUUUCGCUAUGCAGUUGGUGUGAGUUUACUAUUUUUGGGAGUGUUACAUCACGUGUGUCAUCACUGACAGCGGCAUCCGAAUCAGACGGCAAAACUUGAAUUUUACACUCAUUGUACGGAUGUUUCGAAAUGCUUGGCGGUUCAAGUGUGGAAAUUGUUUGCACAAACUUGUUAAAAAAAAUAAAAAUGGACAACCUUUCAUUA